AUGUCCAGCUCCAGCGAGGCAGAGCUCCUACACACAUUUAAGGGGAUUCCCUUUACCACCAGGUCUUCUCCAGAGCUUUUAAAAUCCUUGGAUACUUUUGAUGCUAGAGAAGAUGAUGUCCUUUUGGUUUCCUAUCCCAAAUCUGGCACUCACUGGCUUGCAGGAGUUCUGGCAAAGCUUUACAAUACUCAAGUCACAAUAACAUCUCCUAUUGAAUUUGGAGAUAUUUCUCGACUGGAGGAGCUGAAUAAACUCUCAUCAAAGAGAAUCAUCCCAACACACUUAGACUACAACAUGUUGCCUCCAAAUUUUAAGAAAAAGAAAUGCAAGAUGAUCUACAUCAGCAGAAAUCCAAAAGACACUGCAGUUUCCAUGUUUCAUUACUACAGGGAUAACCCAAACCUUCCCACCGUAGACACCUGGACUGCUUUCUUUGACCUGUUCUUAAAAGGCAAUGUUGUCUGUGGAUCCUGGUUUGAUCAUUUCCUAAGCUGGGAAGAACAUGAAGAUGAGAACAACAUCCUCUUUCUGUUCUAUGAAGAUAUGAAGAAGGAUCUCCCUAAGGUUGUAAAGGAAAUCUGUUUGUUCCUGAGUUUAAAUGUCAGUGACAAUGAUAUCCAAGACAUCUGCAGGAAGUCCUCAUUCUUAGAGAUGAAGAAUGACACAGAAAAGGAGAACAGCGACCCCAGUCACACUGUGUGUGCCCUGACAUCCAACAGGAAGCUGAUUUUCCGAAAAGGUGCUGUUGGUGAUUGGAAGAACUACUUCACUCCUAAGCAGAACAUUAGGUUUCAGGAGAUAUUUAAUGAGAAAAUGAAACUCAGCAAGAUGGCAGACAGUUUCAUCUAUGAGUGCUGAGUGCCCGUGAAGAAUAAUAUCCAGUUAUCAACAAACAUACACAGACCAGUUGGUGGGAAGUUCUGAAUGGCUGCUCCCAUCAGUUUAUAAUGCUUCCAAUAGGAAGGAC